AUGCUCGUUCGACAGGCACGGAGGAGUAUCGCCCUCCAGGGCGCUUCUCUACGAUCAAUUAUUAACCGACGAUGCGUUUUUACACAACAGUUCCAGCCUCGCAAGCGCCGGGACUCACAGUCCGGCUCUGGCCUCGCCCAUAGCAGCAGGACUCUCGCUACAGCUGUCGACGACUACAACUUCGGAAAUCCCUACGAGGCUCUUCACAAUCAGCUUGCCAGCUCGGGCUUACAACCUUUCCAGACACCUCCAUCCUCAUAUACUGAACUUCGCUCUCUCGACCCAUCGUCAUCCUUAUUGACAGUUCCUGAGCCAUCAGCGCCUCGACACUUUGGUAAAAUCAAUAACAAGGGUGUCCCCGGUGAAAUCGAAGAGAUGAUCCCCGUUUUUGAUGCAUGCGUUCGAGUGGGAAAGCUCGACCGAGCAUCAUUGGUCCUGAAGCGACUCAAUAGUGUUGGAGUCAUUCCUGGCGAAGAGAUGAUCGCUUUACACAACCAAUAUCUCCGGGCAACCCUUGACCAACUACGAACGAGCCCCGACCGAAAACAAGCCGAACAGUUACAUAAAUGGUAUGAACUACAAAUCCGAAAUCAAGAUAUACCACAAACCGCGGAGACAAUCGCAUGCAUGCUCAAGGCUUCAUUGCUUUCUGAACGUGGGACUCGAUUAGAGCGUCUUGUCAACCGAUAUAUGAGCAUGGCUCCGGGAGAAGCUGGUUUACGUGUCUUGAGCAUGGCGGAUGUUCUCAGCGAUCAAGAUCUUGGCGUCAUCACUGAGAUCUGCCCUACUUAUAGUUUUGCCCCAGAAUCUGAGGAUGCCAACUAUGUGACUCUGGCAAACGAGGAGGAGCACGUUGAUAUGCCGGAGGGAUUUGAUGAGAUGGCAGCGCAUGCAAACGAUCAGUAUCCCGAAAUUCGUCCCACACCUCAACGUGGAGAAAGUCUGAACGCCCUGAGGAAAAAUCUUAACCUCAUGUCUGAGCUUCAAAACGUUGAUAUCUCCAAACUGCACCCCGACGAGCAGCGCGAAUUCCAGAUGCGGCUAGAAAGGGACUCGAUAGAUGUUGCCAUCGAAAAAUGGAGGCAUGCUAAGAAAAACCUGGACAAGAUGGGCAUCAACACAGCACUCAAUGCAAAGGCCGAGGAUUCCAGUCUUGCCGACUGCAUGACUAGGUGGCUUGUGGCUAUGGAGGCACGCUUGAAAGACGAGAUCCAAAAAGUUGAAGAAUCCGAACUGAGAGAAACCAAGUCUGAGGAAGACCUAGAGCGCUGCGUCUACGGCCCAAUUCUCCGACUCGGAGACCCUACUCGACUGGCUGCGGUGACUAUCCUUACCAUCCUCAACACCAGCGCGUUGCAAGGUGUGGACAAGGGUGUAGUCAUUCAGCGUUUACUUAACGAUGUUGCCCGAGUAGCUCAGGAUGAUAUUCGUACUCAGGUUCGUGAAAAGUCCGAACGGGAACGCCGUCGCCUUCGCCUGCGCAAAGUCAAGUUCACCGGAAACCAAGAGGAGGUUCAGGUAGCCGAGGGAGGCAUCAUUACCGAUGCUCAAGGACCAGCCGAAGUCAAGGAAAACCCUGCCUUUGAGCAUUGGAAUGCUCAAGUCAGGGCCCGCGUCGGAUCCAUUCUUUUAAAAUGCUUGAUUGAGACCGCCAAGGUCAACGUUGUCAAGCAACAUCCUAUCUCAAAAGAGCGAAUCAGCCAACUCCAGCCUGCCUUCUCCCAUAUGCAGGCUCCUAAGAAAGGAAAGAAGGUCGGAGUGUUGAUCAUCAACCAAGACCUCGUCGAGCGCUUGAAGCGUGAGCCAAUGGGUGACUUCCUUGCGAAGCAUCUUCCAAUGGUUUCUCAGCCAGAACCCUGGAAAAGUGUUAACGAGGGCGGCUUCUUGUCUAGCAAAGCUUCCCUGAUCCGUGUCAAGUUCGGGGACGUUGAGCAGAAGCUCUACACCAAUGCGGCUAUCAGGCGCGGUGAUAUGGACCAAGUUUUCAAGGGAUUAGACGUGCUAGGAAGAACACCAUGGAGGAUCAACAACCCAGUUCUAGAUGUGAUGGUGGAUGCCUGGAACAGCGGUGAUGCGAUUGCUAACAUGCCGACGCUCACUCCAGAUCUCACGAUUCCACCGGAGCCUACAACUUCCGAUCCUCUCGUUCGCCGGGCUUGGAUUCGAUCAGUGAAGAUGGUCGAGAACGAGCGCUCUGCGCUCCACUCUCAGAGAUGCUACAUGAACUUGCAACUCGAAAUUGCGCGUGCCUUCCGCAAGCAGGUCAUCUACUUCCCACACAAUAUGGACUAUCGUGGACGUGCCUAUCCUCUCCCGACAUACCUAAACCACAUGGGAGCUGACCAUACCCGUGCUCUUCUGAAGUUCUCUGACGGCAAGCAGCUCGGUGAGCACGGUUUGAAGUGGCUCAAGAUUCACAUGGCCAACCUGUACGGCUUCGACAAGGCCUCUUUUGAUGAGCGCGAAGCAUUUACUACCGAGAACCUCCCUCACAUCAUCGAGAGUGCCGAGAACCCCUUGAACGGCAGUCGGUGGUGGCUGAAGGCUGAAGAUCCUUGGCAAUGUUUGGCUGCUUGUUUCGAGUUGAAGGCUGCCCAUGAACUGGAGGACCCUACCCAAUAUGUCUCCAGUUUGCCAGUGCAUCAGGAUGGUACCUGCAAUGGUCUUCAGCAUUAUGCAGCCCUAGGUGGAGACACUUGGGGUGCCGAACAGGUUAAUCUCAUGCCGGGUAGCCGCCCAGCUGAUGUGUACACAGCUGUCGCGAACCUCGUCAAGGCCUCUGUUGCUAAGGAUGCCGAGAGGGGCAUCGAGCUUGGCAAGAACUGUCUGGGCAAGAUCACCCGAAAGGUUGUAAAGCAGACUGUCAUGACCAAUGUUUAUGGUGUUACCUUCGCCGGUGCAAAACAGCAAGUUUGUAAACAGCUGGACGCCCUGUAUCCGAACUUGUUCAAGGAGACUGGCAUUCCUAAUCUUAUCACCGCCACAUAUAUCGCAAAGCACAUCUUCACCGCUCUCGGCACCAUGUUCCGCGGUGCCCAUGACAUCCAGUUCUGGCUGGGCGAAAUCGGCGCCCGAGUCUGCAAGGCUCUGACACCAGCUCAGUUAGAUCAGCUGGUAGAAGAAAUGGAGAAUCCCGAUACCACCAACGCAAGCAAGGCUGCUACACGCCUGACGAAGGACAAGGCCCUGGAUGAAUUGACCCAGCAGUUCCGGUCGACUGUUGUGUGGACUACGCCACUCCGGAUGCCUGUCGUACAGCCAUAUCGAAAGGCUGUUACUCGAGAGAUUCGCACUUGUCUCCAGGCUAUCACAUAUCCCACACAGGGUCAGACCGAGCCUGUUGACCGCAGGAAGCAAUUGCAAGGACUCCCACCCAACUUCAUCCAUUCAUUGGACGCUAGUCACAUGCUGUUAUCGGCACUCAAAUGUGAUGAGCUGGGUCUGAAGUUCGCUGCUGUUCAUGACUCUUUCUGGACUCAUGCCGCCGACGUAGACGUCAUGAACGGAGUCUUGCGAGAUGCUUUCAUCCGAAUCCAUGAGGAGGAUGUUGUUGGUCGUUUGGCUGCCGAGUUUGAGGCCCGAUACAGAGGCUCGGUUUAUCUGGCCAACAUCCCCUCUAAUAGCCCCGUUGCAGAGAAGAUCAAGGAAUUCCGCAAGAAGAGCAAACUCAAUCACAAGGAAGAACUCUUAUUGGAACACAAGCGCAAUACCCUCCUGCGCUCGGGCAACCCCUGGGAUUUGGAGGCAGCCCGGAAGAUCGUGACACCUGCCUCGAUUUACGAAGAGAUGGCGGCUUCUGAGGAGGAUCCUGAAAUUAAGAAAGAGGCAGAGAACAUCGGAGGUCUUGGAGAAAUCCCUGAAUCCGAGGCUAGUCUCGACACGGCAGUUCGCGAAGCUGUGCAGGAAAUGGACCCGGAGGGCACUGAUUCUGAUGCGGCCACCCUCGGGGCCAUGUUGAUAGAACGCCUAAAGCAUACGAACUUUGAGACCAAAGUCAUCCGACCCAAGAAAGAGAUCAAGACAGUCUACAAGAGGGUUGUGCCCGUCUGGCUUCCAUUGACCUUCCCUAACAUACCCAAAAAGGGCGACUUUGACGUUACUCGUUUACGAGAGAGUCAAUAUUUCUUCUCUUGA